UAACUUUGUCAUAGCAUUUCCUGACACCAAAAUAAGAAAACAAAGAAAACUUUGUCAUAGCAUUUGAUAUCUCUCUCUCUCUCUCUCUCUCUCUCUGAUCAAUAGAUCUCUAAAUCUUUGAGAAUCUUGAAGAUGAGGAGGAACUGCAAUUUGGAACUUUGCCUUGUUCCCUACUCUGCCUCUCUUCCUUCCAAUGAUUCAGGCGACGACCACCAGCCAAUGAUGGAAGAGCGAAGAGGAAGCCCACAACAGAACCAGCAACCGCAACAGCUGACCAUAUUUUACAAUGGCAAGAUUUGCGUUUCUGAUGUUACUGAGUUUCAGGCUAGAUCCAUCUUAUUGCUUGCUACAAGAGAAAUGGAGGAAAGGCUGAAAACUCCAACGGGGUCAGAUUGGCUGAAAACUCCAACUGGAUCAGAUCUAUCUUCACCAACACUGCAAACUGAGAAAUAUAGCCCUAGUACUGGUCUUUCCAUGAAGAGAUCACUACAAAGGUUUCUCCAGAAGAGAAAGAAUCGGAUCCAAGCAACAUCGCCAUAUUGAAAAGUUUACUGUAUUGGAGAGAAGAAAAAUUAUCUUGUCGAGUUUCUACAAAAUUCUGUGUCGAAAGCAGAUUCCAUGGGGUGAACUAGUUUGUGCCAAAAAAAAAAA